AUUGAAGCUAGGUUUUGUAUUUGAUUGAUUGAUUGUUUUGUACGUACGUGUUGAUCUUAAUUAGAGAUAUGGGUGGAUGUAUUACGUGCCAAAGGUGUGGGAUUGAUAAGAGAAAUGGGUGCGGAGUGGGAAACUUGGGGGGGCUACGGGGAGUAGUUGACAGAAAUGUUGAAGAUGGUGAAUAUGAUGGCGUUACAGCAAGAGGAGAUUAUGAUGCACGUGUGAGGCUUCAUGGAUCUUCUGCUUUUACAUCCAUGUAUUCUAAACAAGGCAGAAAGGGUAUCAAUCAAGAUGCCAUGACUGUUUGGGAGAACUUCACAGGACAGCAAGGUGCAUACUUCUGCGGUGUUUUUGAUGGGCACGGACCCUACGGCCACAAGGUGUCGCGUUUUGUACGCGAUACCUUGCCAUCAAAGCUUUCGCUCUCAAUGAAACUCUCAAACCUGGGCGUGGCACCCACAGAAAAUUCCAACAAUAAUAAUAAUAAUAAUAAUAAUCAUCAUCAUCAUCAUCAUAAUAAUAAUAAUGACCUCUUCAUCAACACCCCCUUUUUUACCAAGUUGAAAGCCAAUUUUGUCAAGUCCUAUGUAGAGAUGGACGAAGAACUCGAAGGCGAAACCAAGAUUGAUACCCAAUGCAGUGGUACAACAGCAGUUACUGUUCUCAAACAGGGAGAACAUUUAAUAAUUGGGAAUUUAGGGGAUUCUCGGGCUAUCAUCUGCACAAGAGAUGAUAAUACAGGCCAACUUGUUCCAGAACAGCUCACCAUCGACUUGAAGCCUAACCUUCCAAGUGAAUUUGAACGAAUUAAAAACUGUAAUGGAAGAGUUAUCGCAAUGGAGGAAGAACCAAACGUGUAUAGGUUAUGGAUGCCCGAUGACAAUGGUCCUGGCCUAGCCAUGGCAAGAGCAUUUGGAGACUUUUGCCUCAAAACCUAUGGCCUCACCUCAGUCCCUGAAUUGUAUUACAGAAGGCUAACAGAUAACGAUGAAUUCAUUGUUUUAGCAACAGAUGGGAUAUGGGAUGUUCUGAGCAACAAUGAGGUGAUAAAAGUGGUAUGUUCAGCAAAGAAGAGAUCGUCGGCGGCAAAGGUUCUAGUAGAACGCGCAGUCCGGGCAUGGAAAUACAGGUACCCUUGCGCCAAGAUUGAUGACUGCGCCGCUAUAUGCUUGUUCUUGAAACGCCAGCAGCAGCCGGGGCAGGGCGGAACCCUAUCAAAAUCCACUUCGGAAUCCACAGACGUGAGCUUGAACUACUCCGCCAAGACCGACGACGGCCUCGAUACUGUGGUGAAUUGUAGGGUGAAGGAAGACGGAGAAGACAGUAGCGCUGACAGGGACCAGUCGCCGGCGAUCAACGCCCGGAGACGACGUCCCAACCCCAUCAUGCACAACAUCCACUAA